CAUGUGCUUCCGUUGGGAAUUUCCGGCCUGAAUUUUACCUACAAUUCUGCAAUAAGUCGACCUGGACUGCGUUAAAAGCUUGUUCUUUUCGUAAGCAUAUAUAUCAGGAGUGUUUUAUGUGGUUUUCUAUUCAAGGAUAAAGUAUGAAAGAGAAUGAAAAAUUGUCUCUUGUUGACUUGGGCAAAAGACUUCUAGAAGCAUCUCGCAAUGGACAGGCUGAUGUUGUCAAAGAACUAAUGCAAAAUGGUGCUCCAUUUACAACGGACUGGCUUGGUACAUCUCCACUCCAUCUAGCUGCACAACAUGGUCAUACUCAAACAGCUGAACAAUUAUUGAGGUCUGGUGUUAGUAGAGAUGCAAGAACAAAAGUUGAUAGAACCCCUUUACACAUGGCUGCUCAAAAUGGGCACCUCCCAAUUGUAGAACUACUGAUCAGUUUUGGUGCUUGUGUCAAUAAUAGGGAUAUGUUGAAUAUGACACCUCUUCACUGGGCUUGUGAAUACAAUCAUAGUGAGAUCAUCAAAGCACUGCUACAGGCCGGUGCACAAAAUGACAUUGUGAAUAAGUUUGGUAAAACACCAUUAGACAUUGCUGGAAAAAAAUGUGCUAUUGAAAGUGUGGCUUUACUGAGCGCAGGACAGAUACAUGAACAAAGCUCAGCAAGUGAGAGUAAGUCUCCUUUAGAGAGCAACAAGAGGCUUGCUGAAAGAGCAACAGUUAGCAUUAACAGUGUAAAGAAAAGACAAAGAACUAAAAAGUUUCCAAUGACAGCUGGUUCAUGGACAGGAAGUGAUGCUACUCCUGUUAACAUAGGAAAGAGUCGUAAAAGAAGUAGCGGAGCGCCAGCAGCACUUAAUGCGAGUGGUAACACUACGUUGCCUAAUGGAAGAAGACUGUCUGCACAAACACAGUACCAGAAUGCAGGAUCACCAUCUUUGAGAAGCCCAACAGAGAACUCAAUAGCAUCAUUAGUUUCAGCAGCUGAACUGGUGAAAUCUAAAGCUGAGGCUCAGCAGACUGAUGCAACUGCCACUACAUCUCAAGAUUCUAGUGUACUAGACACUUUGGCAACUCUGGCCACUGCAACACUAAGCCACAACACUGGACCAACACCAUCAUCGACUACACAGCAUGUGACAGCAAUAUCAGGAAGAGGGAUAAAUGUUGCACCACUUACCCUAACAACAGGCACUGCAUCACAUGCAGCAAGUGCCUUGACAACUCCACUCACACCAUCAACAUUAUUCCCACUUCAGUCCCCACUUGCAGCUCUGUCAGCAUUGACAUCGCUAUCAACGCCAACACAAACCAGCCCACUACCAAACAUAGCAAUGUCACCACUUGCAUUCCAAAUGCCAGUCAAUCUAACACCACAGCAACUACUUAUGUCAGGAACUCAACUUGUUUCAUCUGUUGCUCAGCAAGGAAGUGUUCCUUCUACAUCUGUGAUGAGCACUGCUGAAAGCUCAAAUUCCACWUCAUCUGAAAGUGCAAACCUGCUGACAAGUAUUGCCCCUGCACAAUUGCUCACUCAACCUUUUUUGGCAUAUACUGGUGGUGGUAAUACAGGACAUUUCUUAACACAGAUUCCUCAAGACUGUUUGUGUUUAGGUCMAGCCAAAGUAGAACAUGACAACUCAAAGACACAGGAUUCUGCAGAACAAAAGACAGAUGAUUCAACAGGCCAACAAACACAAGAAGUGUAUGUAACAGUACAAGUUCCUUCUAAUAUACCCACUGUACAAUCUCAACAGAUAGGCGAACAUAACUUCACCUUACAGCCUGUAAUUGUACAACCAGGGACCACUGGAGAUCAGAAUUUACUUGCAGCACAGACAGUAGGAGGUGAGAAAAAUCCCGAACAGCCAACGUCCACCACCACAUCACAKCUAGUCCAGGUCCAGCUGCCACCAGGAMUGRUAUCACAGUCACCUGGACAGUUUGUCCAAUUGCCAGGGGUACCAGAACCAAUAAGUAUUGCACAGCUACAACACCUUUUAGUCAACCAGAACAUGGCAGGCACAGUUCCACAGGUGGUCAUCAGUCCUCAAAAAAUACAGCUAGCUCCAAGCUCCCCUCUACAACAAGUUAGUACACAAGCCCCUCAACCAAGUCAAGCCCAGGCUGCUCCUUCUAUCAUGCCACAGCAAUCGCAGCAGCAGCAGCAGAUAUCCCAACAGUUGAUGCAGCAAUCAAUACCACAAGGUCUACUGCAUCAGAGUGCUGUAGCUCCAGUAGAAUUACAACAAUCCCCACUUCCCCAUUCAAUCCCAUCCCAGGUGUUUCUACAAGUGCAGGAGGAUUUUCGCAAGCUUAUUGAACAACAAAAGGUAGAAGAAGAGAGGCAGAGAAAAGAACUUGAAGAAAAAGUUAUUACACUAGAGCAACAUAGCAAGAAAUACCGCUCAGAACUGGAGAUUGCACAAAAAGCCGCUGAAACAUAUCGAGACCAGCUUCAAGCUGAAUCAAGAGAACGUGCUCGCCUUUCUCAGCUUUAUGAAUCCCCCAAGAAAGGAUCUAACAACACAGCAAGUACAGUUGUUGAAUCUGCACAAAAGUAAUAGGUUUUAACUAAAGUUUUAGCUGAUGUUUGUUGAGAUCAAGGAUUUCUGCAGUAGAACAGUGGGAUAAGAACCACUUUAAACUGUACACAAGAAUAUAAGAACAACGACUAGUUAUUGACUAGUGCAAAUGCAUCUACAGCAUUUAAUCAUAUUUAAUAGKUUUCACUUUUAGUUUCCACCAAAGAAACCCUUUUGUAAGAGAAACAUUUUGCAAGAUGGUCUAUCAAACACUUUCAUUGAUUCAACAUUUCUUUGUAAAACUAUCUUGUAUAAUGCCACCUUACUGGAAUUUAAAAGUCAGACCARUGGAAGGGUUAACAACCCAAUAGCUCUAUGUUAGAACUUAAUUUUGAUUGGCUUUCUUGUAACUAUGUACAUAAACAUAUAUAUGCUUUAAUUGAAAUAACACUAAUCUAAGUUAUUACAUUAGGUGUGACCGUAAAGAGUAUGUAUAAUGCUAGAUUCAGCCUUGAUUUGCAUGGCACGUGUUCUCUGUAAUACACMUGGUAUGCAGUAAUAUGUAUGCAAAGUUUAUGUAUUUUAAUCRGUUUUUAGAAUGAAAAAGUCAACCCAGGUUUUAGCAAAAUUAUAUUUCAAUAAUUUAAUUUCAUUAAGUAUAAAAUGCUUUUUUUAAAUUGGRUUAUUUGUCACAUGGUGAGUCUGUAUUAUAGAUGGGUCAUUUMACUACCAGAAUGCUUUGCAUAUUUCCAUUAUUUAAAUCUUUAUCCCCAUUGAAGUUUCACUAAGGAAAAUGGUCUUGUUAGUGCCAUCAAUGCAUGCUGCCCUGAAAUAGAUAUUUAUUAUAAUUACAGAGUACUGACUUUCUCACUUUUUAAAAAUGAUUUUGCAUGUUUUUGUAAAGGUGGUGUUGGCAAUAUCUCAGGUAACCUGGUACYAGCACUCCAUCUAGGCUACAUUUGUGUGGUUUACAACAUUCUUAAAUAUCUUUGUCAGUUAUUAUGUGCUUGCCCCAGGCUUACUUUUGUCAGUAUGUGAAAUCAACACAUCUGUUCUUUUUGAAACCAACAAGGAUUUUUUUUUGUUAUUUUUAUACAGUCAUUUUGUGAUGACGUGAUGAAAUAAUAGGUCACAAAUAAAACAAUAAUUAUUGAAUAAUAAUAAUAAUUUUAAAUUAUUUAAUMAUUAUUUAGUUGUUGUUUAUUAAGUGGUAUGUAUAUACUGCAAAAUCUUGUUUGACAUAAAUUCAUACAAACCAAGUACAAAUAGGUUUUCUGUGAACUUUAAUAUUGUAUAGCGUAUACAUGGACAUUGUUAGAAAGAAUCAUAUUCUGUAAUCAUUAAAAAUGCAUCCAUUACAAAAACU